AUGAAGGGACGGGGUGGUAGUGGGCCGGGACGGAUGGUGGUGUUCUGUCUCCUUUCCCUGGCGCAGGUCCCAGGCUCGGAGAGCACCGCGUACUCCAGGUUUAAGCGCUCCAUUACGAGGAAGCUGGCGGCCAGGGCUGCGGUGUCGAGCAGCCCCGUUGUCACGAGAUGGCAGCAGCUGCACGCGAGAGGCGGCGGCCGGACCCAUCUGACACCUCAGGUGCCUGAGGAACUCUCCAUCACGAAAAGUGUUGUGACUCUACGUAACAGUCAUGCUGCAGCAGGCUUGGAAGGGAGGAAUAACAGGAGAGCUGAAAUGGAAGUGGAAAAGAAGCAGAAAUGUCCUUCUCAGCUUCCAGUGGUCCAGAAGAUUGGAUAUAGUGUUGCAGAAAGUGCUGACAUGAAGGUCUGUGAGAAUACCAAUUGCAUCUGGAAAGGGUGCCGAGAGGGGACCCAGAGUGAGUUUAGAGCUGUUACCAUCGUGAAGCCUUCCAUACCAUUGGAGCCAGAAGUGGGGUUUCAUAUUACCGGCUUGCGCAAUGAUUACUAUCUAAACAUACUGGACUGGAGCCUUGAAAAUCUCAUUGCUAUUGCUGUAGGACCUGCUGCACACAUCUGGAAUGGAGGAACUCUUCAAGCCAUUGAAAACAUUGAUUUGAAUUCCAGUUCCAAAUAUGUUUCAUCUCUGGCUUGGAUAAAAGAAGGAACUUGCCUUGCAAUUGGCACCAGUGAUGGAGAAGUGCAACUGUGGGACAUUGAAACGAAAAAGAUGUUGAGAAAUAUGUUUGGUCACCUGUCUGUAGUUGGAACUUUGAGCUGGAAUCAUUAUAUUCUGAGCAGUGGUUCACGACUAGGAUCUAUUCACCACCAUGAUGUUCGGGUUGCUCAGCACCGUGUUGGGACUCUUUGCCAAAACAAGCAGAGCAUUUGCAGCUUGAAAUGGUCCCUAACCAACCAGUUGCUGGCAAGUGGGUCUAGUGAUGGUAUAUUGAAUAUCUGGCCUAGUGACCCUGGUGUGAAAUUGCAAUCACAGCCACUGAAAACCAUACCUCAUCCCUCAGCAGUUAAGGCUGUGAACUGGUGUCCUUGGCACUCCAAAGUCCUUGCUACAGGGGGCGGAAUGAAAGAUGGGAUUUUGCGUGUCUGGGACAUAAAUCGUGAGAAAAUAAUCCAAAGUGCAGCUACAGAUUCUCAGAUCUGUUCCUUGGUCUGGUUACCCAAAACCAGUGAACUGAUGACUGGACAAGGCCUUCCUGGAAAUCAGAUGAAAAUAUGGAAGUAUCCCACGCUUGUCAAUUCAUCAGAACUUCAUGGGAAGUAUUUAAGUCAUGAAGGGAGAGUCCUGCAUAUAGCCCUGAGCCCAGAUCACAGCAGGCUGUUUUCUGUUGCGGCUGAUGGAAUAGCUUGUCUGUGGAAAUGCCAUGAAUCUGGGGAGAGCAAGCACAGCAGCAAAGCUUUCUCUAAUGGUUAUCAGAACUCAUUCUUGUGA